UUAUGAAGCGCUCACACGACGUAGCCAUUGAUGAAAAAAUCGAAUUCGACAGUUUAAUACAAAACAAACAAUUGCUUCAGGGACUUAAGCGUUCUGGCUAUGAGACUCCCUCGCCUGUUCAGUUAAAAGCGAUUCCUUUAGGUCGUCUCGGUGUUGAUCUGAUCGCGCAAGCAAAGUCAGGCACGGGGAAAACUGUUGUUUUCGGCGUAAUUGCACUGGAAGCCAUCAAUGCCGCGAUCAAGUUACCACAAGUGGUUAUGAUGGCGCCUACUCGUGAGAUCGCAUUACAGAUCAGGGAUGUCGUGCGUAAUCUCGGUGCUUUUAUGAAUAUUCAAUGCCAUGCGUUUAUUGGAGGUCUUUCUUUACAAUCGGAUACUCAGCAUUUGAUGGGGUGUCAUAUCUUAGUGGGUACGCCAGGUAGACUGAUGGCUCUUUUAGAAGCCAAAAAGAUCAAUACAGCACACAUCAAACUAGUUGUUUUAGAUGAAGCAGAUAAGAUGAUGUCCGAUAACUUUCAGCCUCAGGUAGACUGUAUUAUCCGAAAAUUGGACAGAAAAACAUAUCAAUGCAUUGCUUUCUCGGCUACAUUUACAGAUGAACUCAUGCAUGCCUUAUCCAGUUUUCUUAAAGAGCCUCAGGUCUUACGUUUAACAGAUGGCGUGCCUACCCUAAAUGAAGUUCAACAAUAUUAUCAUUCGAUUCAUGCAUCACCAGAAGCAUCAAAGACGUCCAUAUACAGGCAAAAAUUUGAAGCUGUUGAGCAUCUAUUAGGAACCGUUCCUUUUUAUCAGUGCAUGAUUUUUGUGAACAAUGUGUCGAGAUCCAUGGAGCUUUCGUCUUGGUUAAACGAAAUGGGAUGGAGAUCUGGUCAUAUUCAUGCUGGAUUAGCUCAACAUAAGCGAAUUACUGUCAUGGAACAAAUGCGUGAUUUUAAGCUUCGAGUUUUAGUGUGUAGUGAUUUGAUUGCACGCGGCAUUGAUAUUGACCGAGUCAACCUUGUCAUUAACUUGGAUCUUCCUUGGGAAGUUGAGACUUAUCUCCACCGAGUAGGUCGUACAGGAAGAUAUGGUACAUCUGGUAUUGCUGUCAAUUUAAUUGGCCCAGAAGACACAGACUUUCUCCAGAAGCUUAAGCAAGAAGAUAUUAAGAUUGAUCCUUUGCCAGGCAAGCCCAUCAACAUAUUGUUUAUGACUCAUGUAUUCUAUAGAGAAAAUCACCUUCACUGAAUAUGUCAAGGAAUUGAGCAAAGAGGAUGAAGAAACAUUACAGAAAUACAAAUCUCACAAGAUAGAGGUAAUUUAGUAUUGUUUAUAUUGAUUGUUCAUCACUUUGUUUAGCAUAAACCAAUCACGCUCAAGCCUCAAAUCGAAUCCAAAGAAAAAAAGAAAGUGACACAACAUAAGACUUCCAAAUCUCCUUUUGCUUCUGUAGACCAAACAUCUCAAUUUACUUUUGUAAACCAAACAUCUCGGAUCAAAGCCUUUAUACCGCCCGAUUUGUUCUUUUAAAAGCAUCCUAGUCUCUAAUUGUGUGCAUACGCGUUUUUUUUAAGUCGCUUAUUAGUUUACAUAAACAUUUAUGAUCUGACUGAA